UAAGCCUAGCCUAGAGCGGCUGAGGGGCACGACUGGUCGGACCGUCUUAAAGCGGCCUGGCGGGAACCCUGGAGCUUCACACCACCUCUCCGUCACUCCUAACCGGCUAAUAACUAGUAUUUAUAUAAGACAGAAGAAAAAGAUGUCAUUCCGUAAAGUAAACAUCGUCAUUUUGGUCCUGGCUGUUGUUCUCUUCUUACUGGUUUUGCACCAUAACUUCCUUGGACUGAGCAGUUUACUAAGGAAUGAGGUUUCAGAUUCAGGAAUUCUGGGGCUUCAGCCCAUAGAUUUUGUUCCAAAUGCUCCCCGACAAGCAGUUGAGAGGAGACAAGAGGAGAUUCCUGUGGUCAUUGCAGCAUCUGAAGACAGGCUCGGGGGAGCCAUUGCAGCUAUGAACAGUAUUCAGCACAAUACUCGCUCCAGUGUGAUUUUCUACAUUGUUACCCUCAAUGAUACAGCAGACCAUCUCCGGUCCUGGCUGAAAAGUGGUUCCCUGAAAAACAUCAGGUACAAAAUUGUGAAUUUUGACACUAAACUUUUGGAAGGGAAAGUAAAGGAGGAUCCUGACCAGGGGGAGUCCAUGAAACCACUAACCUUUGCAAGGUUCUACUUGCCAAUUUUCAUUCCCAGUGCAAAGAAGGCCAUUUACAUGGAUGAUGAUGUAAUUGUGCAAGGUGAUAUUCUUGCCCUGUACAAUACACCACUGAAACCAGGACAUGCAGCUGCAUUCUCAGAAGAUUGUGAUUCAACCUCUACUAAAGUUGUCAUCCGUGGAGCAGGGAACCAAUACAAUUACAUUGGCUAUCUUGACUAUAAAAAGGAAAGAAUCCGUAAACUUUCCAUGAAAGCCAGUACCUGCUCAUUUAAUCCCGGAGUUUUCGUUGCAAACCUGACAGAAUGGAAACGACAGAAUAUAACCAACCAGUUGGAAAAAUGGAUGAAACUCAAUGUUGAAGAGGGAUUGUACAGCAGAACACUGGCUGGCAGCAUCACAACACCACCUUUGCUUAUUGUAUUCUACCAGCAGCAUUCCACCAUUGAUCCUAUGUGGAAUGUCCGUCAUCUUGGUUCCAGUGCUGGAAAACGGUAUUCACCUCAGUUUGUAAAGGCUGCCAAGUUACUCCAUUGGAAUGGACACUUUAAACCAUGGGGAAGAACUGCUUCAUAUACUGAUAUUUGGGAAAAAUGGUAUAUUCCAGAUCCAACAGGCAAAUUCAGCCUAAUCCGAAGACAUAUGGAGAUCGCAAACAUAAAGUAAACUAGAAUUUAAAACUAUAAGCAUUUCUCAGGAAAUCCUUGAAAGUAACAGUGUGGGAAGUAACAGUUGGUAGGCCUCAAUUCCUAUUUGUUGCAACCCAUGGAAAAAGAUAUGUUUCAGCUGAGUAAAGAUGACAAAUUGCCCUGUCUGGCAGUCAGCUUCCCAGAUAGACUAAAAAUAUGUCUCCAUCUGUCUUACCAACUGUUUGCUUACUACAGUGCUGACUGGCCAGAAGAAAGAACUGAUAAGACUGAUAUAACCAGUUCAGCUAGCUGGUAUGGCUAGCUCAAAACUGCUGCUUGGUUUUAAUUUUGUAAACCUGUGGCCCAAUCUGUAAAUAAACCUACAUUUUUCAGUAGA